AUGCUUCCAAAGUCUCGUGACGACGUUGAAGUUCGGUUCAUCUAUAGAGGCAUUCCCAUGGGAGCCAUGGACACUUUGAAAAAAUGCAACCUGGCCGGCGAGCAGCUCUUGGCUGUUCCAGUCUGGGGAGCCUCGCAACAGCCUGCGAUUAGCUGCCCCGCGUGGUUUGCUGAUGACCUCUUCGAGGUGAUGAAAGACAGACAGGAGGAGGUUCAGGGCCUAGCCCUGGCAUUGGCUUUGAUCUCAUGGACCCAAGCGCAUGCCCUCAAGCAUGGUGAGAGUUUGGAAAAUGCUGCAGGGCAUGCGCAGCAAUCUGAGUUUGCAAGCAGCGGAGCGAAGAAGCAAACAACCGAGGCGAUCUUGUAUGGUAACUGCGGCCUCUACUGGACCAUAGCAUGGACGACAGACGCAAUGAGCCUAGGCUUUCAGAUCGGUGUCCUGAGCAUGUCCAUGGAGCUGUUGGGGCGGCCGCUUCCGCGGACCGUACCGCGUCGAGCUGCCGUCGUGCCGGCGCAUGCAUUGGCUUCGCAGAAGCAACCUCCGGCUCUCGCACUUGGCGAGCUCCCCGGAAUGAAGCCAGGGACUUGCAAGAUGUGUGUGGAGGCCGUGUUAAAGUCUUCAGGUUUCACGCUGGGGCUCCAUGCCGCUGCAGGGCAAGCUGGCCACCACUGUAGGUCACACAUCAGAGCCCGUGCAGCCAAAGGUGCUGGAAAGGGGCAGGUGCUACGGGAAAUGCUUGACCUGGGGCUGCCAGAGACAUCUGGGGAGGUGCCACUCCCGGAGACCGCCGUUGAGGUUUUGGCUUGUGCCAGCGAGUCCGGGCUUUCAGCGGGGGAAAGGGUGCGCGAGGACCCGAAUCUCAAUUGGCAACAAGACCUCGAAGCAGACCUGCGGCAGCUCUUCCCCAAGCAUGCUUUUGGACCAAAGGAGUCCAGCCCGUCUUGGACAUGGGCAAUGCCGACGAGCUUGCUUAGGAAAAGUGUGUCAGCGCACACCUUCAGGGCCAUAAUUUGGGCAGCUGAACAGGCACUUGGGAGUGGGAGCCACCACCAUGCAGAGGAGGCAAUUAUUUCAAUUUUUGCGUCAUCGCUCGAAGGCGAAGCGAUUGCUGUCGUCUUUGACCCAUGGCGUGAUGAGCUGUUCACGGCAGUCAGGCAACAUGGUGCUGAUCUGAAUGGUGUGCCACUAUCAGGUCGGGCUGGCUCUGACGAACAGCUGCGCGAUGUCUUUGUCGGAACGGAGGCCUCGCAGGAUCCGAGGCAAUCAUGGCCAAACCUGCGUGGGCUCUACUUUGCUGGGCCGCCCCGAACUGCUGGCGUUCGAAUCUUCCCGAGCGCAGCGCUGGGUCUUGCCUGGGUUGCAUCCGGGAGAUUGGGUGCCUUCUUUUCUGCAGCGCCCGAUGCGGCAGAAGUUGCAGCCGGGAGGCUGCUGGUUUCAGAAAGCGGAGGUGUUGUUGAGAGUAUGGACUCCAAUUCGCCAGGUGCGUCGAUUAUUUCAGCACGAAGUCAGAAGCUUCUGCUGGGGCUUCUUCCGAUGCUGAGUGAGGCUAAUGCGAAUGGCAUGGAAGCAGGAUAA